AUGCCAGUGUCAAAGCAAAUAGUCCAGGAUGUCUUGAAGACAAUCCCCUCCCGCAUCCGCGGUCCAGGCGGCGCCAUCGCCGUUCUAUCGGAUGGAGCCCUCGUGGACCAUAGCGUCUGGGGAUACGCCGACUUCAACCUCAGAAUCCCCAUGACCCCAGAGACGCUAAUUCCCAUUUGCUCCAUAUCGAAACAGAUGCUAUGUGCCCUUGUCGUGGAUCUCGAGCGCAACCCUACACCGGCUUUGGCUGCCAAGGGCGACGUGCGCGAGCAGUUCGAGGCUAAGCUCAAGGAGCUUCUUCCUGAACUCGCCAAGAACAAUAACUUGGCCCUGGAGGAUCUUUGCAACAACAGAUCUGGAAUUCGAGACUAUUGGGCUAUCACUCUGCUUUGGGGUGCGAAGCCUGAGGAUCCUUAUUCGAUUGCUGAGCAUAAUGGACCGAUGAUGAAGACGAUCAAGUCAACUCAUUUCACCCCCGGAACAGAGUACUCUUACUGUAACACCAAUUACAAUAUUGUGGGACGUGUUGUCGAGGCCACGACUGGAGAUUCGCUUGCUUCUUUGCUCAAAGAGCGCAUCUUUACACCUGCUGGCAUGAAGACUGCAGAACUAUGCCCAGACUCAGCAAAGGUUCCUGUGCCAAUCGUUGGCUACGAGGGUGAUGAGCAACGAGGCUACAUCCCUGCUGAGAACCGCAUCGAAUGGGCUGGCGAUGCUGGCAUAAUUGCGUCUCUCGCUGACAUGAUUGCCUACGAGUCGUUUCUGGAUCGCAGCCUAUUCGACCCUACAAGCUGGUACCGCGCCAUAUUCCAACCUACGGCUUUCAGCGAUGGCAUCCCUUCACCAUACUCCCAAGGCCUAGCUCAUAUUGAAUAUGGAAGUGCAGCAGCUAUUGGUCACGGCGGCGCUUUACGUGGUUUCCGCCUUUUCAGGGCGCAAGUACCAGAGGAACGUCUGUCUGUGGUGGUCAUGUUCAAUCACGAAGCCGACGCUGGAACAGUCGCAGAGUACAUUGUCACGAAUAUCCUGGGUCUCCAGAAGCCCCCUCCACCUACACUGGUCGAUGCAUCACCUGCGUGGCCAGGUGUGUAUCUCGACGAGGGCACCCAACUUGCUAUUACUGUAGCACUUGGCACCAAGGGUCAAAUCCUCGUUACGUACGCCAACUAUGUCGAGCCCGUUAAACUGACAGAUCCCGAACGAGGUGAAUCCCGCGGAAUGGCGGCUGUGCUCAACGGCGAUACCCUUCAAAUCCAACGCCUGAAGGAGAACAGGGCCAUUACUGCGCGACGCCUCCAACCGAGCACGACUCCCGUCGACAACUCCGUGUUCGUCGGCGACUUCUACUCCCCAGAAAUCGACUCUACGUUCCACUGUGUUGAUCAAGGCGGUCUCAUGUUCGGUACAUUUGACGGAUUUCUAGGCCAGAGUCCCGCGCAGUUCAUGAGAUAUCUCGGGCAGGAUGUGUGGGCACUCGCGAACCCGAGAGGUAUGGAUGCGAAGCCGCCUGGUGACUGGACGCUUGUGUUUCAUCGGGAUGAGAAAGAUGGUAUUGUGGGCGUUACGGUUGGGUGUUGGCUGGCGAGGAAGAUCGAGUAUGUUAAGAAAUAA